AGUUUGCAUCGGAUCGCCGGACAGAUCCAGCAGCUAUGAAAGGCGGCAGGACGAGGAGGUGGAGGAGGAGAAGCAGGGGGGGACGCGCUGGACCAGGCGAGCCGGCGCAGGCGGCUUGAGCUGGGGAGUUAGCAAGCGCAAGAGAGCGGCGGCGACGCCGGAGGAAUCGCAGCCUCCAAGAGGGCAAGAGCUACUGCCCUCCGCUGGACCCGGAGCUCGCGUGGCUCGUUUGCUAGUACGUUCGGGCUUCCCUCCUGUCUCCUCCGGGCUUUGCGCCCCCGCGGUGGCCAUGGCCGAGGUCGGCGGCUUCCUGGGCUCCCUGGAUUUGGAUUUGCACGGAUUCUCCUCGACACUUGGGAGCGUGGCGCUCGCCGACUCGCCGGGCUUUUUAAACGAGCGCCUGGGGCAGAUCGAGGGGCGGCUGCAGCGGGGCUCUCCCACUGACUUCGCCCACCUGAAAGGCAUCCUCCGACGGAGGCAGCUGUACUGCCGGACCGGCUUCCACCUGGAGAUCUUCCCCAACGGCACCGUGCACGGCACCCGCCAGGACCACAGCCGCUUCGGAAUUUUGGAGUUUAUUAGCUUGGCUGUAGGGCUGGUUAGUAUCCGUGGUGUGGAUUCUGGACUUUACCUUGGGAUGAACGAGAGAGGAGAGCUGUAUGGAUCGAAGAAGCUGACAAGGGAGUGUGUUUUCCGUGAGCAGUUUGAAGAAAACUGGUACAACACUUACGCUUCAACCCUCUACAAGCACUCUGACUCCGAGAGACAGUAUUACGUUGCUUUAAACAAAGAUGGCUCUCCCAGAGAAGGAUACAGGACUAAGAGACACCAAAAAUUCACUCAUUUUUUACCAAGGCCUGUGGACCCUGCUAAGAUCCCUGCAAUGUACAGACAUCUCUUCCACUACAGGACCCGAAGAGGUAUGAAGAGGUCGGAGCAAAGACGGACGCGCCGGCGUUGUCUCAGAUUGCUCAGGAAGGACCCAGGAGAGGAGGAGACUUAGUCAGCUGUGGGAAGGCGGGGACCUUCAGGAUUCACAACUGCCUUAUAGGGGCAAAACCUACCAAGAAGAGUUGCUGUGCUCAUUAGGCCUGGCACUCCUGAGCAGGCCUUGUCUCUAAUAAAGAGUUAACUUCACUUACUCUGUGUGAUUUAUUGCUGGCUGGCUUCCAGACACCCUAAGGGUCAUCUAGUCCAAUACCCUGCAGUGCAGGAAUCACAGCUAAAUAAUCCCUGACAGAUGGCCAUCCAAGUUCUGCUUAAAAACCUCCAAGGAAGUAGAGUCCACCACCUUCCAAGGUAGUCCACUCCACUGUAGAACAGCUGUUCAAGUUGAUUUGCACCCUCAAAACUUUCAGGAUAGUCACAUUACAUGAGUAGCAAUCCAUCUGUGAACCAAAGCCUUUCAGCAAAUAUCCUGAAAUAUUUCACUUAAUAAAUUAUCCAGGUUUUAGAAUAUGCCUCUGUUGCACUAUAGCAUCUUGGCAACAUCCUGAUUUGAAGUUGCUUCCUUGUGGUUUAGCCACUCCCACAUACUUCCUGUGGCUGUUGUUCUUGCGGAACUGAACAAAGGUUUAGCACAGCAAUUGCAGCCCAAACAUUAAGACUUAAAAAGUGGAAGUAUGGUGCUGGCAUGCUGUCACAAUGUAAAUCAUUUACACUUAAUUGAAAGAGGUGUGGAGACGAAAUUGCUGCCCACCUGCUGUCUUUUGCUGCUUGGUGGAAGCUUGGGGACUUUGGUUGUGUGUGGAGUAGUGGUGGGGGAGAGAUUCAAUUCAGUCCACACCUUAAAAGCAAACCGACCUGAUAUGAACUUCCUGAAGCAAUAUGAGAAGCAAAAGACAGCCAGGUUUUGAAAUUGACACUUCUCUGAAUUUUGCAAGGCAGUUUCGUCAGUCAAGUAACCCGUGUGAAAAUGCAUACAGCUAGGAGGAAGUGUGCAUAAACAUGCAAGGACGCGUGAAAAUAACAUACAGAAAAUGUGUUAUGUAUGGGGAAACCGCUUAAUAAAAAUGUGCAUAUCAGAUAAAUUUGGAUAAAUUUGCCUUCAAGUGAAAAGGAUGGGACAAAAAUCACACAGUGGUGCUUGUGGAGAAUGGAGUUUAAGACUGGAAGAAUAAUACUGAGAUAUGGAGAGAAACCAAGGUUAUCAGUCACAUAUCCAUUGUCAGGAGGGUCAAGAGGAAGCUGAUCCCGUUAGGGUUUUGUUUUGUUCAGGGAAAGUGAAAGUAGCCCAAGCAACACACAUAGCAAGGGGAGGGCUGUGAGGGUGAGUGGAGAAACAAGGGUGGUGUGUGCGCUGUGGGUGGUGUGUGCAACUGAGUAGUGGGGACCAGACAGGUCUUUUCCUCCCUCUCUCCUUUGCCUGCUCAGCUGCAGGGUGCAAUGAGCAAAGGAGAAGAAGCCAGAUCUCUUGUUGCAAAUGAGAGACAAGAGUAGCACGAGGGGCAGCUUCAAGUGAGCAGGGGUGGCAAGACAUCACAGUGCAACUAACAACUGCUGUGGGGAGGAGGAGGUGAGAGAGGUCAGGUGACAGAGACAGAAAUGGUGCCAUAAGAGGAGGAAGAGGAGGCUAAUGCAAUAGUGCAGGAGAAACAUGGCGGUGUCAAAGAACAUUAAUGUCUCAAUAGAAGGAGCAGGCAGCCCAGUACAAUUAUAAAUUCGCACUGGGAGCAUACACCAGCAAUAAGACACCUACCUGGAUAUGCUCUAAGACCAUAAAAAGAAGCAUAAAGAACAGGAGUAGAACAACCAGUUAGCAAGUAAGAGAGAAAAUAAGAUACUGCAGAAGAG